AUGACGACCAUCUCCCGGGCUUGUAUAUUGUUCUCGGUUAGCGAGGCGCUGGGCCAGCUGAAGUGGGUAUGGUUGAUGCAGAGCGAGAGGCCGGUCCAUGACCUGCGCACGUUUGAUGAGGCUAGCAGAGGGCCUUUUGGAGCUCUGGGGUUGAUUUGGGCACUUCGUGGACGACGUUUUGCGGUACUAAGCAGCCUCGCUAUGAUCCUAGCCCUGGGAUUUGACCCCUUUGCCCAGAAUCUGAUUCGCUUUCAUCAAGGCAGUAUCUAUAAUCUAACCGAAAGAGCAUAUACUGGAGACACAUCUCUGUACAAUGCUUACGGGGCCCCGUUCGAGAUGGAUGCGUUCCUAGUUGAGCCGACACUCAAAUCGAACGUAUACAAUUCUCUCUUCAGAAGCGACGAGGACAUGCCCUGGUCCAUCCCCAGAUAUUCAUGUCCAUCAACCAAUUGCACCUGGGACCCAGUCAUAUCACUAGAGGCCCGGAUGCUCUGUGCAAACAUCACCGAAUCCCUCGUCCAGUCAUGCCAUAAUGUCUCCGAGACGAACUCAGCACGGCUGGUGAACUGCACCGCAGGCCUCCCAAGAAGCGAAAUGCAGACAUGGGCUCUGCUAAACUACACCAAGAACAGCUUCCGCGCGGACGAGAUCCACGGCCUCGUAGGCCAAGCAGUUGAGCCCUCCGUCGCGCUGGUCUACACGAACGCAACAAGAAAUACCUUCCAGUUCAUCGCGCCCUGGGAGUUCAAGGACUUCUCAGGAACUAGUGUGACGAGACAGGUCUCCCUGUGGGAGGCAACGGAGUGCUCGUUUGAACCAAUCGUCCGUAGCUUCCAGCCAUCCGUUAAAAACAAUGUCUACAGCGAUACAACGCUGGCCAUCUGGUCAGAUAGCACCCUUGUCCACGACACAGACAGCAGCAGCACCAGCAGCACCAGCACCAGCAACAACCCCCAAUACACCAACGACACCGAAUUCACAUGGCAUUUCCAGCCCCCCUGGGGCCGCGAACUAGGCAUGAACACCACCACAAACCCAACAGGGACAUUCCAGUACGGCCUCGCCGCCGAAAAGGCCGUCGCCAAGUUCCUGCGCAUCCUGUUCUCGGGCUAUUACUGGCGCAACCAGACGCACGAGGGGUAUCAGCCCACGGCGCCGGACGCGGCGCCGGACGCGGCGCUGUAUGCAGCCAGCGAUGUCCUGCAGACGCUGGACCGGGGCGAUCUCGCGGGCUGUGGAGACAAUAACCCGAUCUCGUAUCAGCGUUCUGUUCCUGUCAAGGUUAACUGCAGUGCGCAGAACGUGGCGCGGGCGAUUUCGAAGACGUUUCGGGAUUCGACGAGUUCGGGUGCGGGCUCGGGGUAUAUCCCUGAGGAUGGACGGGCGGGGUAUGGGAGGGUGCAGGUUAAUGUGACGUUCAUCUCGGUGCGGUGGCAGUGGAUUGCGCUGCCGGUUUUGGUGUGGGUGCUGGGGGCUGUUGCGGUUGUGGGGGCGAUCUGGAAGACGCGGAGGAGGAGGGCGCCGAGGUGGAAGAAUGACCCGUUGCCGUUGUUGUUUCUUUAUCAGGGCGAGGAUGAGAAUGAGAUGACGGGGGAAGGGGGGGUUGGAGAAAAGAAGAGGUGGGUUCCGAAUGCAGACCUUUUGAAGGUCAAGUUAGGGCAUACAUGA